GUAAAACACUUUAACAAGUUUCGAAACACUUUUACAAGUUUUUUACGAAAAUUACAUUUUAGAAAAAACUUUUGCAAGUUCCGGAACAAAAUAACAUCUUAGAAAACAUUUUUGCAAGUUCAAAAAAACAUUUUUGCAAGUUCAAAAAAACAUUUUUGCAAGUUCAUUUUUCUUACGGAAAGGGAAUGCCCAAGCUCAGAGGUUGAGCCGGAAAUGACAAGGAAAGCGCGCGAAUUCUAGUUUUCACCCAUUGAAGAUGGACGGCGACGGCGACAGAGUCGCGUUUUGUCCGUUUUGUGGUAAGCACAUCAGCCAACUAUCACGGUUUUGUUUCUCGUGUGGCCGGUCCCUCGAGUUUCUGACGGAAGGACCAAACAAACCGGCAACCUCUGCACAGCCGGAUAAUGCAAAGCAAACAGGAAAACCUUGCCCAUCAUUCAAACAAUUUGUCGACUACAGAAGCGCGAAGACUAAAGAACGCGAGGGGUUUAAUUACGGGUCGAGAGGGAAACAUAGCUACAAGAAGACUACAGAAAGGAAACCGGUCCAGAUAAACAUUGGAUUGAUGGUGUGGAUUGGAACGGAGGUAAAACCUCUAAGAGGGAAAAUGCUUCCAGUAUUUGUUGACCCAGAGAUAGCAGCACCAGAAUUGCUCAAACAAGCUGUCCAGAAGAUGACAAAAUUUAAUAAGGACGUGCAAGACGGAAAGUACAUCCUUUUGUAUCCGGACCGGUCAGAGGUGGUCCAUCUGCCUGGAUCCGAAAGGCCAUUCAAAUUGGCCGAGUACAAAAAGGAGCUUGGAAGGCCAUAUGGCAGGAUCACCCUCUUCAUUUGCCUUGAAACUGAUUUUAAAGGAGUAGCGGAUGAUACUUCAGAGUCGGAUUCUGAAAUUGACAUCCCAUCAAGGAGCACAGUCGAAUUUAAUCGAGCUGACACAGUGGUUUUUGAACCCCAAAACCAAAGUACUCCCAGACCUAAACCUAGAGAUGAAAGAGAUGAACCAGGACCUUCGGGAAUGGUUCCGACUGUGGUCAUAUCAGAUGCUGAGGACAUGGAUCCAACUCAGUCAGACAAGACUUGCUACAGAAAAUACACAGACCUGUAUUCACCAGGUGUUGAAGAAGAUGAGGAGCUGGUUGCAGUAGUCAGUGUGGAGAAUUUCCAAGACACAGCAGUGGAGGAGAUAGGCACUACACUUCCCUUGAUUAUAGCAAACCUGUCGCUUCUGAUCGACCACAAGAAGGUCAGCAGGUUCAACAUUUCGAGGUCCAAUAUUUGGGACGGAGCUGUCAGAGGAUUCAAGCGUUCAACGUACUCAGAAGCCUGUGACAUGCUGGUCAGGUUCACAGAUGAUGCUGGAGUUUUUGAGGAGGGCAUUGACACCGGUGGACCUAGAAGGGAGUUUUUGACCCUUCUCAUGAAACUCCUGAAAGACCGGCCUAUUUUUGAUGGUCCAGAAGGUCAUAAGUUCUUGGUCUUCAAUGCGAAUGGUAUGCAUAGGGUUAUUAGUGUGCUGUGCUAAUGGUUGGUUAAUGAUCAUCAAACAUUUACAUUUUCCCUCUGUCUUAAAGAAUAUAAUGCAUUUCAUGUUUUCAUUUUGCAAUAUGAAUUCAUUCACAGCCGUUAGGGAGGAUGAGUACUUCCUGGCAGGAAAGAUGGUCGCGGUCUCAAUAGUACAUGGAGGUCCAGGACCCCAUUUCCUGUCAGAGGGUCUUGUUCAGUAUCUUGCGGGCCAGCCCUCAUUCAAACCAUCAGUUAAUUUAAUAACUGAUGAUGAGAUAGGGAAAGCUUUACGAGAGGUGAGAAUAGCAUAAGUCUACUAUGUGGAAGGACAGAGUUUAACAUUGUUCUUGCACUGUUUUAAGACCAUGUUUACUUCCGUUACAGGAUAAGCAUACAGAAUGUAUUGUAGUAUAUGUAAUGUCGUUUUUGAUCGGGUAAGGUAAGGGUUACAGCAUGCUGUUUCUGUCACUGAAUAAAAAUGGGAAAAGAUAGUAUAUCCAGUUAUCUACUGUGGUGGUUAUGCCUCUUUAUGU